CCUAAUUUAUUUGCAUUUGUUUGCUGUUUUCUAUUGGCAGCUAUACCAUCGGCAUGCUGCUGUGGAGAAGGUCAGGGUCACCCGAUUCCAUUCUCAUCGAUGCGCACAUCCAGGCAUUACUUAUCGACCCACAAUCCCAAGAGUUGGUGGAGAAGGUGCUGGAAGGGAGCGGACUGUUUGGAUGGGGAGAGAUCCCCCUUUCGCAGGAUCUUCCUUGGGAUCUUCGAGGCUCCCAGUCACAGCCGAGGACCGAAGGGCUUGACCAGGCUGCACUCUUGGCCUUGAAUCGUGCCCUUGAGCAAGGUCAUCUACCCAGGGCAUGUCUCUAUGCAUGGAGUUAUGGCCUUCAGUCUGAGGUCUGUCUGAGAGAU